UCUGCUCUGCUGGCUGUAGACAUGGCAUCUGGUACUUCCUGCCUCCAUGUGACGGUCUCUUCUGAGGGAAGGACAUCAAUGACCUUCGCUGCUAACUCGGAUGACACAGUGAGGAAGAUCAAAGAACACGUCCGGGCUAAGACCAAGAUUCCUGUGCAGGACCAGGUCCUGUUGCUGGGCUCCAAGAUGCUGAAGCCCCAGAGGAGGCUGUCGUCUUACGGCCUUGACAAGGAGAUGACCAUCCACCUCACUCUGAAGGUGGUGACGCCCAGUGAUGAGGAGCUGCCCGUGACUCUGGUGCAGUCAGGUGAUGGGGGGUAGAGGCACCUCCUCCAGGUGUGAAGGUCCAGCUCAGUGGCCCAGGUGAAACAGAUGAUCGAGACCAAGACCGCGAUCGCGCCUGAGCAACAGAUUGUGACUUGCAAUGGCAAGAGGCUGGAAGACGGGAAGACCAUGGCGGAUUACGGCAUCAGACGGGGCACUCCACUCUGGCUGGCAGACUACUGCAUUGGGGGGUGAGCCUGCUGUUAGCUCUCACUCCCCCCACAUCCUUUGAUGAUUUCCCCAAAUUAACAAGAAAGAGAAAGAUGGAAAGUUAGGGGUGAAGUGGGAAGGAAGACUGCAGAAAAGUUUCUAACUCCAUGAUUUUUGAUCAAACACAGUUGAUUAGCUGUCUGAAUUGUAUAUAUUAAUGAAAAUAGAAAAUAAUAUUUUAAGGCACAGUAGAGAUAGCAUCAAAGCCAGCUUGGAAUUUAAUCCUUUCCCUUGUCUCUCUGAUUUUUAGAAAAAUUCCUAUUUCUUCCGUCCAACAGGAUAGUAAGUUCCACACUGGGAUCCACAUUCCCCCAAAUUCUGUGUUCCCACUGGCAUAUUUCAUCUGUAAUAUCACUCAAUAUGUUGAAUUAAAUUGAAUUUCUGCUUGUAGAGAACAGUGAAAGGAUUUAUAUUGAAGUGUGU